CGUACUGUGCCACCUCCCCUCCCUUCGUGCUUCAGAUGGAGUCCAUCGUCGUUUCCUUCAUCGUCUUUUGGACGUUCAUCAGCACUUCGACUCCGUCCAUCCGUGCAUAGAGCCGACGGAAAACAACGCCCUCAACUCAUGAUUUCAAUUUCAGACUCAAUCGAGGAAAUAAAAUGUACGGAUCAUGUUGUUCAAGAAGUGUCAGCCCCAAGAUGCAUAUCAGAGAUAUUGAAUAUAAACCAGACCUACACAGACACUUCUAUAUGAUGCUUUCUAUAUGCCCUGCAAGGUUUUGUUGCUUCUGUUGAGAAUUUACUGGCUCAAAGGAAUCCACGGUUUGGUUAUUGAGACUUUUGGGGAGAUUCUCAAGUAUGGCUACACACCAAAUACUUUUGCUAGGGAACAUAUUAAUUGAUGUGUUAUUCAAGAUUGGGCGUGGGAGUGUAGAACUUCAAGUUUUGAAGGAGACAUUGUACCUGAAUUUCUUAACCUUCACCAUCGUUGUUGUGUGUAAUAUAUGCACACUCAAAGAUUUGGUUAAUCUCCAAUCUACAUCCCUCGCUGCAUUACACUGGGCUGGGGCCUGGGAGUUCUCCCGCAUUAUGUCUCGGGCAUCUUCUAUCUCUGCCUACCUCCGCCGUAGCCGCCGGGUUUUCUCUCCCAUCGUCUAUUUUCGCCACCACCGUCACGCCAGAUUCUUCUCAGCGGACGUAGAGUAUCCACUGACACACCCCAUCUAUACUGUCUGGGCCGCCAAUACAUCACUCGGCAAAACCCUGGUUUCUGCCGGCCUCUCCAUUUCGUUCCUCUCAGGAGUUUCAGGGAGGAAAUUCAUCUACCUCAAGCCCGUCCAGACCGGGUUUCCUCAGGAUUCUGACUCCCGCUUUGUUUACCACAAAUUUUCCGAGUUUGUUUCGCUGCACCGUCCUGAGUCCUCGGUUGAAGCUUCUGAUCAUGUCCUCAGAGCCUCAGCUUUGGCAUCUCAGGAACUCUUGGGCAAGAAUUGUGGUAGUGGAAUUGUGAAUUUGGGUUGGCAUGAGAAGAAAUUGCUGGGGAGUGGCCAUAAAUCUGGCAUCUCCGAGCUGGUUUGUAAGACAUUGUAUGCGUGGAGAGAGGCUUUGUCACCUCAUGUGGUCGCCAAGAAGGAAGGAGCUCGGAUUGAGGACGCUGAGUUUUUAGAAACGCUGAAAAGCUGUUUAGGAGCUAAUUCAGAGACUUUUGUUCAUGAAUGUGGAGAAAAUGCGGAGAUGAUGUGUGUGAUUGAGACUGCUGGUGGUGUUGCUAGCCCCAGCCCCUCGGGUUCUCUCCAAUGUGACUUGUACCGGCCGUUUCGUUUACCUGCAAUUCUUGUUGGGGAUGGAAAACUAGGUGGUAUUUCUGCAACCAUUUCUGCCUAUGAGACACUAAAGCUUCGUGGUUAUGAUGUUGCUGCUGUUGUCCUUGAAGACCACGGCCUUCUAAAUGAGGCUCCACUACUGUCCUACUUGCGGGAGAGGAUCCCCGUGCUCGUGCUUCCACCAAUUCCACAAGAAAUAUCUAAUGAUCUUAUGGAAUGGUUUUAUCAAUCACAGGACGUUUUUGAUCGUCUACAGAAAAUAAUGUGUUUAGCAUCCCGUGCAAGAAUAGAGCAAUUACAUUACAUGACGAAGAAGGCACACGAAAUUUUCUGGUGGCCUUUUACCCAGCAUAAGCUUAUAUCUAAAGACCAUGUCAUGAUGAUUGAUUCACGCUGUGGUGAGAACUUUGCAGUGCACAGUGUCAAUAAUUCUAUUAAGAACACGGAUUCUAUAAUUCAACGGUUUGAUGCUUGUGCUAGUUGGUGGACACAGGGACCUGAUGCUAGUUUACAGAUUGAGCUUGCAAGAGACAUGGGAUAUGCUACCUCUAGGUAUGGGCAUGUAAUGUUUCCUGAGAAUGUUCAUGAGCCAGCUUUGAAAUGUGCUGAACUUUUGCUUGAAGGUGUUGGAAAAGGAUGGGCUUCAAGGGUAUACUUUUCAGAUAAUGGAUCAACGGCAAUUGAAAUAGCUCUUAAAAUGGCACUACGCAAAUUUUUGUUUGACCAUGGGUUUCUUUUUGAAAGUCCAAAUGGUAAUGAUGUUGAUAAAUAUAUCAAUUUAAAGGUUUUGGCUCUUAGAGGAUCUUAUCAUGGCGAUACAUUGGGAGCUAUGGAAGCGCAGGCACCUUCACCUUACACUGGAUUCUACCAACAACCAUGGUAUAAGGGAAGAGGGCAUUUCUUAGACCCACCAAAAGUUUCCUUGUGCCAAGAUGUUUGGAAACUUUUCAUACCAAAGAAAAUUCAACCUAACAUAGCAAAUGAAGAAGAUUUGAUUUUCAGCUCACGUGAUGAAAUCUUUCAAAAAGAACGGGAUGUAUCAGGUAUUGCUGAUGUGUAUUCAUCGUACAUAUCACAAGAGUUAUUGGAGAAUCUGGAUCCUAGAGGAUAUAUCUCUAUUGGAGCAUUGAUUAUUGAGCCAGUGAUCCAAGGUGCUGGUGGAAUGGAAAUGAUUGAUCCUUUAUUUCAAAGGAUACUCACAAGAGAAUGCCACAGACGGAAGAUUCCUGUCAUAUUUGAUGAGGUUUUUACUGGAUUUUGGCGCCUUGGAGCAGAGUCUGCAGCGGAGUUGCUUUCCUGCCAACCAGAUAUUGCCUGCUUCGCAAAAUUAAUGACUGGUGGAGUUGUACCCUUAGCCGCUACACUUGCCUCAGAAGAAGUUUUUGAAGCUUUUAUUGACGAUUCAAAGCUCAAAGCUCUUUUACAUGGUCACUCGUAUACUGCUCAUGCUCUGGGCUGUACAGCUGCUGUUAAAUCAAUUAAAUGGUUUAAAGACUGCAAAACAAAUUCUAAUUUGACACAUGGAGGGAGACUGCUAAAGGAGAUGUGGGAUGAGAACCUAGUUCGACAUAUCUCUCUACUCCCAGCCGUUGAUAGGGUGGUUGCUUUAGGGACUCUAUGCGCGAUUGAACUUCAAGUAGAAGGUUCCAAUGCAGGGUAUGCAUCACUCUGUGCUUUAAACCUUCUUCACAAGCUCCGAGGUGAUGGCAUUUACAUGAGGCCUCUCGGCAACGUCAUUUACCUCAUGUGUGGGCCCUGCACCUCGCCCGAUGUUUGCCGCACCGUGUUGGAAAAGGUUUUGAGGAGACUGGAGGAGGUGAGCCAGGCCAAGAUUGUUGAACCACUUUGUUCAAACUGUUGAAGAAGCCUAGAGUUAUGCACUUGAAAAGGUUUCAUUUCUCACUUCUCACUUGGUGGCAAUUGGAUAUGCUCUCUUUCCCAAGUCCAGUUGUGGUAGACUUGAUGCUCCUCUUCCAAAUUAAAGGUAUUUAGUUUUACUUUUGUAGUCAAAUGUCAUCAAAUGUGGCCGUUAAAGGUGUGUUUU